AUGGGGAUGAAGAUUGGAGGCACGAAUCUGGAAAACAGAAACAGGAAAUAUGAUUCAGAGUCAAGAACAGUGAAGGAUCAUCAAGAAACACAAGACAUGUGUAACAGGCCAAGAACAGUAGCAAAAGUGCAGAAAAAUUGUGAGCAGUACGUAUAUUCAAGACAAAAUGUGGAAAAGGUAGGCUUCCUUUGGGAGCUGAGUGGAGCAAAGGAGAGACUCAAGAUUUUCAAAGCUGGUCUAAUGGUGGAAGGAAGCUUCGACAAGGCAAUAGAGGGUGUUGAUGGGGUCUUCCAUACUGCAGCUCCUUUACUCAUUUCAUAUGAUCAUAAUGAUCAGAUUGAUCCAAGUAUAGAAGACACCCUGAAUGUCCUGAGCUCGUGCACAAAAGCAAGCAGUGUGAGGAGGGUUGUGCUCACCUCUUCUUGCUCUGCAAUAAGGUACCGCUAUGAUGUCCAGCAAGUUUCUCCUCUUAAUGAGUCUCACUGGAGUGAACUGGAGUACUACUGUAAACGCUACAAUCUGUGUUGGUCCCUUACUUGCUCCACAGCCAACAAGUACACUCAACUGAUAUUGACCAUUGUUAAAGGUUUGAGAGGAGAAUACCAAAAUACAACAAUAGGGUUUGUGCACAUAGAUGAUGUCAUUGCUGCACAUAUCUUGGCAAUGGAGGAUAGCGAAGCAUCAGGCAGGCUUAUAUGUUCUAGCUCAGUAGCUCAUUGGUCAGAUAUCAUUGACAUGCUUAGGUCCAAAUAUCCAACCUACCCUUUUGACAACAAGUGA